CUUAAGCAAAUUGCGACCUGUUGGGCACCGCAGUUGGCUCGCGUCAAACAAUGGUGUUCAACUUCAAAGUUUUCAAGAAGUGCUCGCCCAAUGGCAAAAUCACCGUCUACCUCGGCAAGAGGGAUUUCGUCGACCACGUUAAUGGUGUCGAACCAAUAGACGGCGUUGUGCUUCUCGAUCCCGAAUACACUAAUGGCAGGAAGAUCUUCGGCCAGGUGGUCUGCACCUUCCGAUAUGGUCGCGAGGAGGAUGAGGUCAUGGGCCUCAACUUCCAGAAGGACCUCUUCUUCGCCAACGAGCAGAUCUACCCACCCACCAAGACCGACGAAAACCUCAGCAAGUUGCAGGAACGACUCGUAAAGAAGUUGGGUGCCAACGCGUUCCCCUUCACCUUCCAACUGCCGACCUCCGCCCCGGGCUCUGUCACCCUGCAGCCCGGACCUGACGAUGGUGGCCAGCCUUGUGGUGUCAGCUACUAUGUCAAGAUCUUCGCAGGCGAGAACAACACUGACACCAGCCACAAGAGGAGCACUGUUGCCCUUGGCAUCCGUAAGAUCCAGUUCGCCCCAUCCAAGAUGGGACGUCAGCCAUGCACUGUCGUCCGCAAGGACUUCAUGCUCAGCCCUGGAGAGCUCGAGCUCGAAGUCACCCUGGACAAGCAGUUGUACCAUCACGACGAGAAGAUUGCUGUGAACUUGUGUGUGCGCAACCACAGCAACAAGGUGGUCAAGAAGAUCAAGGCCAUGGUGCAGCAGGGCGUCGACAUCUCCGUCUUCCAAAACGGACAGUUCCGCGCCACCGUUGCAGAGAUUGAAACUGCUGAGGGCUGCCCCAUCCAGCCUGGCUCCUCUCUGCAGAAGGUGAUCUACCUGAAACCAACCCUCUCCUCGAACAAGGACCGUAGAGGAAUUGCCCUGGACGGCCAACUGAAGCACGAGUCAACCAACCUGGCCUCCACCUCCCUGUUGCCUUCCCAUGACUCUGACGCUUUCGGCAUCAUUGUCUCUUACACCAUCAAGGUGAAACUUUACUUGGGAGCCCUGAGUGGUGAACUGGCUGCUGAGCUGCCCUUCGUGCUCAUGCACCCUAAGCCUGACGGUAAGACCGUCUGCCGCGCUGACAGCACUGCCGACGUAGAAACUUUCCGCCAGGAGUCAAUCGCCAUCCCCGAGUAAAGAUGAACACCUCGACUUGACCGCCUCUCCAACCUGUCUAUAAAAAUUUGGCCCCGAAACAGAGUUAAAAUUUUUAUAUUAAGGAGUGACUUUAAGUGAAGUUAGAGUGUAAUUUGUGAUUAUAAUUAUUUAUGUAACUGAUAUAACAAUUGGCCCUGAUGGAUGUAAGUAUCUUAUUGAGGUUGAAAUGUAAAAUAAUAAAAAAGAAACAAACUCACUCUUAA